AUGGCGAACGGCUGGGCACCUAUCAUCGGGCUCAUAGUCACCGUCAUCUUCUGCGGCGCAGCGUGGUUCCUAGCUCCCAAAGGCGAAAACCAAACGUACGUUCACAACAUCCCUUCGCCCAAGUCCACACCCACACCUACAAAGCCCAGUUUGCGCACCAAGUCCUCUUUGGAGCUGCCCCUCGCCAACCCCGAGGAUCGAAGUGCUGGGAGGACGGUCUGGCGAUCUACGCUCGUUCUGUCUGCUGCUGCCAUGUACAUCAUGUGGGCUAUUACUUUCCUCGCGCAACUCCACCCUCUUAUCUCGCCUAUCCGAGGCGACUUACGGCCAGAAUACAAUGGAGGACGCUAG